AUGUUGACUAUUGAGAGGAUCACAGACAGGUAUCCUCAUCUUGCACAGCUGGUAGGAUCUGGCUCAUUCUUUGCGCUGGGGAAUCACCAUGUUCUCAUCACGCAGCGAGGAGCGUUCGAUUCCUGCCGUGUGUAUCUCUGGCUGACGCUGGAGGAAACGGCCGAUCUGACGGUAUCAACCGCAAGAGACAGGAUCCUGGGCGACGAGAAGUUGUUUGGCACAUUUGACGAUUCGGUCAAAGAGAUCAUCGCCGCCGCAUACGAGGUAGAUAUCAAUAUAAACAACAGCACACUUGAUCUCCGGCCGCUGUAUACUCUCCCGCAUGGACACUCCUGGAACCACCACGCCGGCGUCACGCUGGUCGGAGAUGCCGCCCAUCUGAUGCUACCGAAUGGAGAGGGAGUCAAUUCCGCCAUGUGGGAUUCGCUGCUUCUGUCGAGAGAGCUUGUCAAGGCAUAUACCACCUCUCCCAGUAAUAUAGACGUGCAGACAAUGUUGGACCCCCUGCUCAGCCAGUUUGAGGCGGAUAUAGUGACUCGUGCACAGAAAAUAGGCCUCAAAGCAGACUUUUUACUUGACAAGAUGUUUGAGGAUGAUGCCGCUUAUGUAUUUAGUACUCUUUUUAAUGUCUCUAGUGGGUGA